GGAGAUGCUUUGAAGUGACUGUGCUGUGAUGUAGAUAGUUCAUUGGAAAUAUUGAUUUUUUGAACUAUUUCUUAUUUGCCCUACUAAAUUAUCGAAUAUUAAAUACAUUUCUAAAGUAACAGCAGCGUGUUUGGUCGAUAUUUUUCGGGAAACAUAUAACUGCACCACUGUAUAGAUCAGAUCAUAUUUUACUUUCAAUUAAGUAUCUCGUCCAAAGAUCUCGUCACAUAUUAUUUCUUAGCUACGACAGAGUACCUACUGCGACACGGUAAAAAAUUGUGGUAAACGAUACUAAGUACAAUAAGUCACUGUAAAUUUCAACGUAGCUAACACAUCGCUACUGUCAAAAUGUUCCUGCAGAAAUAUAUUUUGAUUCACGACAGUCGAGGAGGGAAAAUGUUUCCGUACCUCAUAGAAGAGACGAAAAGAUCUUCGAAACCGUCUUCGCCCACCGGAAAGAGUAACGAAGAGCACACAAAAACGACUUCGAGUUACGUUUCAUCACGCCCCCCUAACGAUAAUUCUUCUCCGAGACUGCAAGCCCUCUAUGCGUCUCCACUUUCGAGUCCACCAAAAUCACCGACACCAAAGAAAGGUAUCAGAUCCAGACGGGAUUCGAUAUACGAUUAUAAAUCAGAAGCGGCGAAAAAAGUCGAACAAAUUGCGAAGAAUAGGGACGAAAGAAGACAGAGGCAAGCCGACGAGAAGGCUAUAAAAGACCAAUUAAUGCAUCUGGAACAAAACAAUCCAUAUUGGGAGUUUGCACAGAUGAUUAACGAAUUUCGAAAUGGUCUCGAAUUUAAACCGCUUAGAGAGCACGAUGCUGUAAUUGAAAAUCAAAUUACGGUAUGUGUUAGAAAGAGACCUCUAAACGAAAAAGAAGACCGAAGAAAGGAGGUAGAUGUAAUUACAGUAAAUACCCGAAAUCAGUUAAUAGUUCACGAACCCAAACAUAAGGUAGAUCUUACAAAAUACUUGGAAAACCAACAUUUUCGCUUCGAUUAUGUAUUUGAUGAAACCUGUACCAAUGAUAUUGUAUACAAAUUUACUGCAAGACCAUUAGUGAAAACAAUCUUUGAAGGCGGCAUGGCCACUUGCUUUGCCUAUGGUCAAACUGGAUCAGGAAAAACGCACACCAUGGGUGGAGAAUUUAAAGGUAGACAACAAAAUUUCAAAAACGGGAUAUAUGGAUUAGUGGCUAUGGAUGUGUUUAAAUACUUAAAUUGUCCUAAGCAAUCCAAAAUGAAUUAUAUCGUAUCGGCCAGUUUCUUCGAAAUUUAUGGCAAAUUGGUAUUCGACCUUUUAGCGAAAAAGCAGAGAUUGCGUGUACUGGAAGAUGGAAAGCAGCAAGUGCAAGUUGUCGGUUUGACUGAAAAAAUCGUGACAAAAGUGGAAGAUGUCCUCGAAUUAAUACAAAAAGGCAGUCUGGAAAGGACUUCAGGACAGACAUCGGCGAAUUCAAAUUCCUCAAGAUCUCACGCGGUUUUUCAAAUAAUUUUGAGAAAGGCCGGAUCUAGAAAUGUGGAGGGCAAGUUUUCUUUAAUAGAUUUAGCCGGAAACGAAAGGGGCGCAGACAAUAACAAGUCUAAUAGACAAACUAGAAUAGAAGGAGCUGAUAUUAACAAAAGUUUGUUAGCAUUAAAGGAAUGCAUCAGGGCUCUUGGCAGAAGAGGCGCUCACUUGCCUUUUAGGGGAAGUAAACUGACUCAAGUCUUGCGAGAUUCCUUUAUAGGUGAGAAAUCUAGAACGUGCAUGAUAGCGCUCAUUAGUCCUGGAAAUUAUUCUGUUGAUCAUUCAUUAAACACGCUGAGAUAUGCGGAUAGAGUAAAGGAGUUGAUAGCAACUGAUUUGCCUGCAGACGAUAUUGUCGACGAAGUCAUGAUAAACGAAGAAGAUUCAAUGGAAGAUGUUAUAGAUGAAGAAAUGCUUAAAGAUGAAGAACGGAUGCUUAACAUUUCGUCAAUGGAAUGGGAAGUGUUAGAAAGUAACAGGCAUGUUAUCGAGAGCUGCGUAUAUUUUCAUAGAGUGGCAUGUGAUCUUUACAAAGCUAGUCAAAAAAAUGGUUUCGAUAAGAAUAGUUACGCCACCAACUGGAAAAACUUACUUGGUGAAAUGAUUGAUAUACAGAAAGAGGCUUUGCUUAAAGCUAACGAAUUUUGCAAUAUAUUAGAUGGACGAACUUAAAACAUUAUCAAUGCUCUUUUUACUUAUUGCAUUUUCACGAUAAAAAUUAUUAUUAAUAAAAUGAGUUAAAAUGAGU